AAAAGACGUUGUUGUUUGAACCAUUUCGUUGUGCUUCAUUUCGUAUAAAUUGGAUCACCGGUCCCAAUCACGGUACAGUUCGAUUGAAUCCUUUGUACUGUGAACAACAUCACCUCUCCAACAGUCAACAUGGCCUUCAAGUUCCUGACUUUCGCCGCUCUGGUGGCCGUUGCCCGCGCUGGCCUCAUUGCCUCGCCAGCAGUUUCCUACGCUGCUGCUCCGGCCCUCGUUGCUGCCCCAGUCGCCAAGGUCGCUUAUGCCGCUGCCCCGAUCGCCAAGGUCGCGUACGCCGCCCAGCCAGAGGAGUACGACGCGAACCCGCAGUACUCGUUCUCGUACGGCAUCUCGGACGCCCUGACCGGAGACUCCAAGUCCCAGCAGGAGUCGCGCAGCGGAGAUGUUGUCCAGGGAUCGUACUCCGUCGUUGACCCCGAUGGCACCAAGCGCACCGUCGAGUACACGGCCGACCCGCACAACGGAUUCAACGCUGUCGUCCACCGUGAGCCGCUGGCCGCCAAGACCAUCGUCGCUGCUGCCCCGGUCGCCACCAAGGUCAUUGCUCAGCCUGCCGUCGCUUAUGCCGCCCCGGUAGCCAAGACCAUCUCGUACGCCGCCCCGGUCGCCACCAAGACCUACGUCGCGCAGCCAGCUCUGUCCUAUGCCGCCCCUCUGACCAAGACCUACGUGUCGCAGCCAGCUCUGUCCUAUGCCGCACCAGUGGCCAAGACCAUCUCUUACUCCGCUCCUCUGGCCACGAAGACCUACGUGUCGCAGCCGGCUAUCUCUUACGCCGCUCCUCUGGCCACGAAGACCUACGUGUCGCAGCCGGCUCUGUCGUACGCCGCCCCGGCCUACGCUUACCACCACUCACAGUUCAAUCUGCAGCAUUCAACAGUGAACAAGUCACCAAAACAUCUCAACAUGGCAUUCAAGUUUGUGAUCUUCGCCGCUGUGGUGGCCGUUGCCCGCGCUGGCCUCAUUGCCUCGCCAGCAGUUUCCUACGCUGCUGCUCCGGCCCUCGUUGCUGCUCCAGUCGCCAAGGUCGCUUAUGCCGCUGCCCCGAUCGCCAAGGUCGCGUACGCCGCCCAGCCAGAGGAGUACGACGCGAACCCCCAGUACUCGUUCUCGUACGGCAUCUCGGACGCCCUGACCGGAGACUCCAAGUCCCAGCAGGAGUCGCGCAGCGGAGAUGUUGUCCAGGGAUCGUACUCCGUCGUUGACCCCGAUGGCACCAAGCGUACCGUUGACUACACUGCUGACCCGCACAACGGAUUCAACGCUGUCGUCCGCCGUGAGCCUCUGGCCGCCAAGACCAUCGUCGCUGCUGCCCCGGUCGCCACCAAGGUCAUUGCUCAGCCCGCCGUCGCUUAUGCCGCCCCGGUAGCCAAGACGAUCUCGUACGCCGCUCCGGUCGCCACCAAGACCUACGUCGCGCAGCCAGCUCUGUCCUAUGCCGCCCCUCUGACCAAGACCUACGUGUCGCAGCCAGCUCUGUCCUAUGCCGCACCAGUGGCCAAGACCAUCUCUUACUCCGCUCCUCUGGCCACGAAGACCUACGUGUCGCAGCCGGCUAUCUCUUACGCCGCUCCUCUGGCCACGAAGACCUACGUGUCGCAGCCGGCUCUGUCGUACGCCGCCCCGGCAUACGCUUACCACCACUAAAUCUUGAAAAGACUUGAUCAGACUGUUACAAAAUGAAAGUUAUUUAUUCUAAGAAGAUAAAAGCAAAUACAAAUCUGUGAACUGAAAA